GAAUGGAAUUCCACUGUGGAAGAACUGGAAGCUGUAGCACUUAAGAUCUUGCUUUCAGAGGACUAUACAGAAAAAGAACAUCUGAAACUUUCAAAACAGAGAAUCUGUCUCUUGCGAGAGGAGGUGUGCUUCCGUAUGGGAGAGAGGAAGGCCCUGCUACAGGAGGCAAAUGACUUUUUUCAUUCUGCUGGCAAGGUGCUUGAUGGUUUUGAAGGUAUUGAGAAUUACCUUAAAAUCUUUCAUUCAGAAGGCUUACCUUUACCUACCUUGACAGUGAAGUAUGCAGAAUUACAGGAAGCAACUAAAAGCUGCACAGCAACUACCUUGCAGAAGGGACAAACUUUACUUAAUAAAGCAGGUUCUCACAGGUCUUGGGUGACAGGAAUUCAGAAAAUGAUGGACUAUGUUCAAGAGAAGGUAGACCAAUUAACCAGGCAAUGUCCAGACUAUGAGGAACUUACUUUGAAGAAACAACAAUGGACUGCCUUGCUUGAAGAUCAUCUAAAUAAGGUAUCGCAGUCGAUUGAAAAAAUCUCCCUGGUGCUUGCAGUUGGAAUGGAGCCUGGUUCAUAUUUGUUUGAGUCGGAAAGAGUUUUGAAUGAGCACCUUGAACUAGCUAAAAAAACAAAGGAAAUUUCACAUGAACUGGAAGCUGCUGCGAGAAUCAUCAAAGAUAUGGAACAGCUUGAACCUGAGCAGGUGGCAGCUUUUUCUAGCAGAACACACUUCCUGAAUGAAGAACUGAAAAAAAUUGAAAAAAAUAUUAGUUCGAAACUAGAAAUUCUGGAAACCUAUGUGGCCUUUUUGAAGUCAGCUAUGGAGGUGAAUGAUGAAAUUAAAAACCUGAAGGAAUUCUAUAAAUUAGAACCACUGCAAAAAAACAAGGAAGCUGAAAAAAUUCCAGUGGAGUCAGCUAAUACUCAAUGGCAAAAGGUUAUAAAGAAGAUUUUUUCCACCCAAAAUAUGGGUUGCAAUUUUCUUAAUUUAGUAAGUAUGGUAAAUGAGAGUUUAAUAUCAAAAGUGGAAAAAUUUGUUCGAGUAACAGAAGAUACCAUUGUUAAUCUGAGUAAAGAAAAGAAAGACCUGACUGACCUUUGGGCAAUCUGGAAUUUUAAAAUUACUCAAGUAAUGCCGGUCAAGCAACAGUGCCAGAUAUUUAAAGAACAACUGAAAAUUACUACACAUGGAUUAGAGAUUCUUCAGGAGGCUCUCCAGCUUGCAGCAACAGUUGACCUUGGAAGUGACCUUUUAAUUGUUUUGGAACUGCAAAGGAAGCUUAACCAAAUGAAACCACAGUAUCAGCAACUGAAUGCUGAACUUGAGUACCUGAUGAAAUUAUCAGAACUGCCAAGUCAGAAAGGAUUUCCUGAGAAAGAGAACUCUGAGGGAAUAACUGAGCUUAUUAAUUUCCAUCAAACGAUAAAGGACACAAUGACAAAAUAUGAUGAGAUUUUCAACAAGACAGUCAAAUUCCAUCGCACUAAAAAAGAACUGGAAUGUCUAUUCAAAUCAGGAGAGCUGGAUAUUCCUGAAAUACGUGAGAACCCUGAAAGCAUGCCCCAUGCCGAAGCCUACCUUGUGAAUGCUCAAGAGAAACAUGCACAUAUCAGACAGCUAUAUAAACUGCUUAUUUUCCAGGCAGUGGAUGUCUUGUCUGCAGUCCAGCAACCCAAUUGCUUGAAUGUUUCUGUAAAGAAUCUGAAGCAAGAACUUGCUAGAAUUGAGUGUGAUAGCAUUAACUGGAGUUCCAAAGCUGAUAAGUAUGAGGAAGAACUGUCAAGGCAUUUCCAACACUACACCACUCAAGAGGAGAUAAAUGAGCUCAGAGAAUCGUUUAAGGAUCUCAAGAAGAAAUUCAACAAUUUAAGGUUUAACUAUAUGAAGAAAAGUGAAAAAGCUCGAAAUUUGAAAGUACUUAAAAUACAGAUUCAGCAAGUUGAUACAUAUGCAGAGAAAAUACAGAUUCUUAAGAAGAAGAUGGACAAUUUAGAGAAGAAAGUCAUUGGCUCUGUAGGAAAUGAACUUAAUGCUAAAGUUAGAGUCCCCUUGGGGUCAGUUAGUGACUUACAGAAACAGCUGAAUGACUUCAGCAGAGUUGUGGAGGAUUACAAGCAAAAUCUGGAUCUCAUGGAGGAUCUGCAACAGAUGAUGGAAGAGUGUCAAUUUUGGUUUGAAGAUGUGAGUGCAACAGUUGUUCGAGUGGGCAACUAUUCUGCGGAGUGUAAAACAAGAGAAGCAAUAGAGACUCUCUACAAGCAAUUCAAUAAGUUUAUUGAGCCUGCAGUGCCUCAACAAGAAGAAAAAAUUCAGCAGAUUGUAGACCUUGCUAAACAGUUAUAUGGUAUUGAAGAAGGAAGGAAGUAUGUUGAAAAAGCCAUACUGAAGUACGAAGAAGUCAUUAAUUCUGUUGAUGAGUUGUGUAGAUCUCUGAGAGAACUUAAGAAGAUUAAGAAAGAUGAGUUUUCUGAAGAGUUGGUUACUGUUCAAAAAGAAGAAAAUGGUCAAGAAGCAUGUGAGAUUGUUAUUAAAGACAAAGCAGAGGAACAAAAGGAGCAGGGGAGGAAUAAAUUGGCUGAUAUUCCAAUUAUCUGUCCAGCGGGUGAGGAUCUCGUUUCACAGGAUACAGAGCUGUCAUCUUCAGCCAAAGAGGAUAGUUCACAGGCUGAAUUCCUGGCAGAAGAAGUAGCCUCUGGAGAUGAAUAUGAGUGUACAUCACCUGAUGAUAUCUCUUUGCCACCGCUUUCUGAGACACCAGAAUCCAACCUCUUGCAUUCUGAAACAGACCUAGAAGAGCAGUGCUGCUGUAGUUCUCAUAGUCUGCAUGUCAGUUCCUGUAGCUUGCAAAUGCAGAAAAAAGCUGGUAUUAAAAGAGUGAUGGAAGCAUCUGAUCUUUUAACAAAUUCUGCUUAUGCUGAUGCUACAAAUAAUAGAAUGGAAAGUCCACCAGAUCAGUUUGAGAAGUUUUGUAUCUCUUCAGCAGAGUCUGGUCCAAAAGUCAGAGCAGUCUCUCAUUUGACUUGUAGCUUACAAGGAACAUGUGAAGCUAGCGCAGCUUCUUGCAGUAUAAAUGCCCAACCAGUAUAUAGCAUGCUGAGUGAAGUGUGCAAAACACAUUUGCAACACCUUGAACUUUGUAAAAGCAUGGCAAAAACACAAGAACAAUUGCAUGGCUUGAAUAACUGUAUUAAAACCCAGGAGAGGCUGCAUGCUUUGCCUGAUGGAUUCUCAGGUCUCGUGUUUCAAUCAGAUGCCACCAGAAGCUCUCAGAGGCAGAUGGUCACCCGAGAAGAGAUUAAAAGUUCAUCAGAAAAGAACAGCAUGGCCAGCCUAACUGGACAGGUGCCUAACUUCUCCCAGCUUCUGUCUAACAAAACCGUCAUGGAAGGUUCUCCAGUAACUUUGGAAGUAGAAGUAACGGGAUUCCCAGAGCCUACACUGACAUGGUACAAGAAGGGACAGAAAUUGACUGCAGAUGAGCACUUAAAGCUUUUGCAAAAGGAGACAAAGCAUACUUUGUUCAUUCAGAAGGUGUGUGAUAAAGAUGCUGGCCUCUAUGUUGUUCGUGCUAAAAAUUUGAACGGCACUAUCUCCUCAAGUGCCAUUCUCCACGUGACAGGUAACAGGCCACCUAUUAAAAGAAUAGACUGGAUAAUGGUGUGUGUUCUUUAUAUUAGUGUAUCACUAAUGUACUGGCUAUUCACAAAAUAA